AUGAAAGCAUACGCAUCGACGGUACUAGCCGUCGUGCGGGCUGGGGCCCAGUCGUUCAGGGGCGCGGAGGAUGCUGUCAUGUACGCUGUGCACGCAGCGCUCCUGGCCAGCGGCCAUGCCUUGGUCGGCGUCGGCGACUCUGCCAAGCUUGAAGGUGCCCAGAGCGACGCCCCAGAGGUCCAAGAUAGCGGCUGGAACGCCGCCGACGACCGCUACACUCUGCUGUACCGCUCCGAACCGGCCGCCCACACGCGCGCGCGGCUGCUGCUGCUGAAAGGCCUGGUCAUGGGCGGCGGCGCGCUGGUGGUGACGCUGGCAGCGUCGCGGCCCGAGGGGGUGGAGCCUGCUGUGAUGGAGUUGGAUGCAAGGAAGUACUACGAUCCAGAGGGGGGCCCCGCGGCGGCGCAGCGGUAUAGGAAUCUGGAGGAACUCUGCUCCGUCGUGGAAGCCGCCCUGCCGCCCCUGGAAGGCGGCGCCGCCGCCGGCCGCCUCGCCAGACAGGCGGCCGCCCAGGCGAGCGCCGCCGACGAUGCUGGGCGCAACGAGAAGCGCGCGCCGGAGGCGUCGGAGGGGCGCGGCGCCGGCGCCGGCGCGGAGGGGCGGGCGGGGGAGCGGCGGGGGGAGGACCCGCUGCGGCUGCAUGGCUAG